GCGUUUCAUCAUCAGAUUUGUAUGUAUAUUGUGUCGUUCGCCUUUGUUUUUUAAUUGCAAGCCCGUCAAUUAAGAAUUGGUUUUACGGUCGUAGAUCGAACUGCUAUCAGCGAGUGCUAUCAACUGCCAAAAACGGAGCCACAAUCACGCUGACACCCCUUGUGCAAUCGUCGACUCAGGCCGCCUAGGCCCAUCAGGCAGCGGUCCAGGUUGGAGGCACUUGCUCGGGAUCGGCAUUGGGAUCCGGGUCCGGGAAGAGGCUGAGCCUGCUUGUUGCUGCCGCGUUCGCAAAGGACUCAAAAUUGAUAGAAACAACAAAAAGGCUGCUGCAACUGGUGCCUCAUCCGAGGACCAGCCGCCGCGCAAAAAGGGUCGUCGCUCAGGAGGCUCAGGCUUCACGUCCUCAUCCGCCGUUUCCGUUUCCGCUGCCGCAGGAUCAAUAGAUGCGGCAUCCACGUCGCGAGCGGCCCAGCAGUUACAGCACCAAUUGAACUCCUCAACCUCGGCAGGCCCCAGCUCGGAAGCAUCGGGAAAUCCUAGCAAAGUGCAGAGAAAAUCGACAGACGGCAACAAGAGACCACGGGAUCACACCAGCAGCAGUUCUCUCGGCUCCGAGGCAACCAUGCAGAGCACCACUUCCACGUCGAGCGGCUCCUGCUCCAGGCCUCUAGAGGGUUCCACCCUCAAUUCGGGCGGAAGCGCCGAGAACGUAGCCCGCGAAGGCGGCGGCAGUGGCGAGGACAGCGUCGGCAUCGGGGAUGAGAAUCCCUCCGGCAGCAGCGCCGCCACCAAUGGACACGACUCCAAACACAACGGCUUCGUCGUUAACAAUAACGGCAGCAGCAGCCGCAUCGUCGACGGCGAGAACAAUCGAGAGAACACCAGCUACAGCGGCGUGCAGCUGGAUAAGUCCAACCAGGAGAUCAUCCGGCUGAUUGGACAGUACCUCCACGACGUGGGCCUCGACAAGUCGGUUCAGACACUCAUGGUUGAGUCGGGAUGCUACUUGGAACACCCCUCGGCCACCAAGUUUAGGGAGCAUGUCCUAAUGGGCGACUGGUCGAAGGCAGAUUCAGACCUUAAGGACUUAGAGCCAUUAAUCGAUAAUGGAAAAUUGGCAACGAUCACCGAAAUGAAGUUCAUAUUGCUAGAGCAAAAGUAUUUAGAGCAUUUGGAUGAUGGCAAUCCCUUGGACGCCCUGCACGUUCUCCGUAGCGAGCUGACGCCCCUGCAGCACAACAUAUCGCGAGUGCACCAGCUGUCGUCGUAUAUGAUGUGUUCCACCAACCAAGACCUUUACCAGCGCGCCAAAUGGGAGGGAAAGGGCAUCCUGUCGCGGGCCUUGGUCAUGGAGCGCCUGCAGACUUUCAUGCCGCCGUCGGUGAUGAUGUCGCCGCGCCGCCUGCGCACCCUGCUGCAGCAGGCCGUGGAGCUGCAGAGCCAGCACUGCCCCUGCCACGACAUGGCGUGGGAGACGAACCUGGAGACGGUCUCGCUGCUCACUGACCACUGCUGCACCACGGACGGCUUUCCCAUGCAGACCAUUCAGAUCCUCACCGACCACUGCGACGAAGUUUGGUUCUGCAAGUUCUCGCCCGACGGCCUUAAGCUGGCCACGGGCAGCAAGGACUCCACUGUGAUUAUCUGGGAUGUUGAUCCGUAUAAGCUGACCCUCAAGCACAGGCGCGUCCUCGACGGACAGGCGCAGCUCAGCGUGAGCUUCGUCAGCUGGAGUCCCGACUCCAAGCUCAUCCUCGUCGGCGGCACAGAGGACUCCCAUGAGCUCUACAUCUGGAACGUGGACGAUGGCAAGCUGGUGGUCAAGUUCUCGCAGUCGCUGGAGGACAGCCUGGCCUGCGGUGCAUUCAGUCGGGAUGGCGCUCGCUUCGUCUGCGGCGGCCAGAAAGGUCAGCUUUACUUGUGCGACCUGAACGGCACCAUCGUGGACUCCUGGGAGGGCGUGCGCGUCAACAGCAUAGCCUUUCGGGCGGACAACAAAACGAUCUUAGCGGCCGAUAAUCACUACCGAAUCAGAGGGUACAACUUUGAUAGCCCGCGUUCAGACUUUGAUAUUCUAAGGGAGCCACAUCCCAUUAUGACCUUCAGCAUCAACUCCGCUGACCGCUUGGCUCUGCUGAACGUCUCAAACCAAGGCCUUCAUCUUUGGGACAUCGAGGACAAGUGCCUAGUGCGCCGAUUCCAGGGAAUUCGACAGAGCAACUUCGCCAUCCACUCCUGCUUCGGCGGCGUCAACGAGAGCUUCGUGGCCAGUGGCAGUGAGGACAAGGUCGUCUACAUCUGGCACAUCAAGCGCGAGGAGCCGUUGGCCAAGCUGGCCGGGCACACCAAGACAGUCAACUGCGUGUCCUGGAACCCCGUGUACCCGUCCCUGCUGGCCAGCGCCAGCGACGACGCUACCGUGAGGAUCUGGGGACCCAAGCCCAACGGCAGUAGCGCAACGACUGAGAGCGACGAUUGCUCUUCUAGCUCGUCUUCGUCCUCCUGGAAUAUGACUUAAUGUAGCGGGCCGUAGCAAAUGGAUGUGCGUGGGGUAGAUUUUGGAUGCUGAUUUAGUUAUAGUGCGCCCUGAUUUCGAUAUAAAUGCAGAAUGCGUCCCGCUCUGAUUGCGCGUCGGUGUCGUCGUUGCUACAAACUGCCAUUACAACAAUAUGUAUGAGCAGCAUGACUUACGAUUAGCAUUAAUUACUUAAGUACAUUCAUACGAAAGGAGAGGCAUAACAUCAUAUCUACUAUGCUAUAACAAGAAAUCAAUUCGUUCUCAGAUUUCUUUUUUAUGUAUGUUUAUGGCAAUGCGAAGUAAUAUUUCCCGGCCUAUAUUAGCGACUUCUCUAGACCUUUUUAAUUAUCAAAAGUGGAAUCGACCUGCUUGGUUUUAAAAUUAUUAAUUAAUUAUUGCCAUUUGAUUUGUUCUAUGCAGUUUCCGACAUUUAGUAUGUAACACGAUUUGACGUAUUUCAUAACCAACAGACACAAUAAAAAUAGAUCUAUAUAUGUUUUUAAAA